GGAAGGCGAGCAGGAAGUCAUUUCACAAGCAGAGCUGAGCUGGCAAGGCAGCAAGACACACAGGGACUGAGACUGCUUAAGAAUAUCGCAGAUACUAGAGAUUCAAGGUCAAUAUGGCCAUGCCAGAAAAAUCCAGUUGUACCAAACCAAGUGAGGAUUUCAGUCAUUUCCCUCAGAUUAUUGAACUCAAUGUCGGUGGUCAAGUGUACAUCACUCGCUAUCCUACUUUGAUCAGCAUUCCUGGUUCCCUGCUCUGGGAAAUGUUCAGUGAAAAGAAUCUUUGUUCCCUGACCCAGGACAACAAAGGGAGGUUUUUCAUAGAUCGAGAUGGUUUUCUCUUUCGUUAUGUGCUAGACUACAUGAGGGACCGGCAAGUAGUGCUUCCUGACCACUUUCCAGAGCACGGUCGGCUCCAGAGAGAAGCAGAAUACUUCAGGUUGCCAGAACUGGUCAAGAUGUUGGCUCCUAAAAUGAAUAAGCUCAACUCAGUUGGCAAUGACCUAUGCCAAAAUGACCUAGAAGAGCUAUCUCCCAGCAUUGACACCAUGUUUAAUCCCUCUUCAAGUAGUAUUGUCCAUAUUAGUGGCCCUGAUAACCCUCUAGCUCUGACAACAGGUGCUGGUUCUCAUCUCAAGAAGGCAGGCUUCAUCACUAUAGGCUAUCGAGGCUCUUAUACUCUGGGUCGGGACAGCCAAACAGAUGCCAAAUUCCGCCGUGUGGCCCGAAUCAUGGUGUGUGGUAAGAUCUCCUUGGCCAAAGAAGUGUUUGGAGAUACUCUGAAUGAAAGCAGAGACCCUGACCGUCCUCCUGAGAGAUACACUUCUCGAUACUAUCUCAAAUUCACUUUUCUGGAACAAGCCUUUGACAGACUAGCUGAUGCUGGCUUCCACAUGGUAGCAUGCAACUCCACUGGCACCUGCACUGUCACACAUGACCAAACAGAUGACAAGAUCUGGACCUCUUACACUGAAUAUGUUUUCUACCGUGAGUGACACUAAAAAAAACAAAAAAAUCACCUGGAAAAUACAAACCGAAAAGUCAACUCUCUUUCCUCUCUCUGUUCUAGUGUCAACUAUCUCCUUUAGAAAUAGACACAUUACUCUUAGGCCUUGAGUCCUCUGUCUAAUCAUGGACAAUGUCACCCCCGUCACUGUAACCAGUUGAACCUUAUUUGGCAUUUUCUUCUUACACAUCAUGCCAUUUUAUCUGGCUUCCAACCUGCCUUGUGUUGUAUAUUUGGAUACCUUCUGAGGGAAAGUAUUAAAUGUGAAUAGGCAUGUCUAUUCACAUCGCUAUAGAUAGUAGAAAUGAAUUUGUUGGGUGAAUACAGAUAGAGCCACAAAAUUUAGUUAGUUGAGAAAUGCUGAGCCAUGGUUUCCAAACUUUCUUAGCACUCCACCAAAGUGUGGAUAUACUUACAUGACUUAUUAUCUGUAUUCACCUAGGUAAAGCCCUGUAUUCUCCAUUCUGAGCUAGAGAUUGCUAUAGUAAUAUGCUAUUUUUUCUUUUUGCAGUAGUGGGAUCGAAUUCAGAUCUUGCAUCCAUGCUAGGCAAGGCUUUUACCACUGAGCUACAUCACCAGCUCAGGAAUAUGCUUUUUAAAAAGUGAACACACACACACACACACAGUUGCUAUUAUUUUACCAGGCUUAGUGGAAGAAGUUGACAAGGGUCCUCCAAAAGGUUCAUAGAAAGAUCAACCAAUUCUCAAACUAUCAAUUGCUCUUAACAGAAUGUGGGUGAAAAGACCAGGUGUGGUAGCACAUGCCUAUAAUUUCAGCUACUCAGGAGACUAAGGCAGGAGGAUUACAGUUUUGAGAAUA